AGAUCAACACACGGCUGAAAAUGUAGUGUCCUCCUCCUCAGGCGCGGAUCGAUCCCGGGAACGAUGCCGGGCAGGUGGUCGCGGAAAAUCACACAGACGUCGUCGUCUUCAUCGUCGUCGUCGGCGGCGUUCUCGGGAAUAGGAUUUUCUCGUGGAAAAUUUUCCGACCGGCCACUCAGUGUGAGUUGGACGAUGGAACGCGUUACUUUGAGCCUGUGACUAUAGAAAUUGAGAGUCAAAUCUUUUUUUUAGUUUUUUUCAACGGUUUCGGAUCUUCAGAACGAGAUUCAUCCUUAUAUGGCAACGCAAGUUCAUGAGCCAUAAAAUCAAGCUAGAACUACGACAGCAAGGGCAGCUUAAUUGAAACAACCCUUAGACGAAGAAUAUGCACCAAUCGAAGAAAAAGGAAAAGUUACACAUCUGAAAUAGCGACGUAACGAAAGGUGUGGUAAUUGAAAAAGUGAAAUUUAUAUUUGCGUGAUCGAUUACGAUUUUGAUGAAUGAAUCUGUGCCAGUGAUUGAAGAAAGUGUUGAAGGAAGAUCAAUCGAAACAAGAAAGCGUUGAACCGUUCACAAUUCGGUUUUAUUGGAUGGUGAAAGAACCCUGACCCCGCGGUACUUUUCCUGUGUGUGGCAAGCUGAAACAAUCUGCCAAGUGGAGGCGAUUAAAGUGAAGUGAUUUUCCUUCCUACUCGGAAAAUUUCUGGGUGCCAUUGAACCCUAGCAACCAAAAGAAAAAAAAUCGCCAUCAGGAACUACCAACAUCGAGGAUUUGAAAUCUUGUAGCUGAGAGAAGCGGGAAUACACACAAAAAAUGGACAAAUCUUCAAGCUAUUGUGGUGGCCCACCUCAGUCCACAAUUGCCAGUUCGGCGAGGCGGCUUCAGUCACAGCUACCAGCUGAACCCCCGGCCUGUGUCCAAAAUGCCAUGAUGCGCCGCGAUAAACAACCCUUCACAUACACACCGGGUGGCCUCGACCUAUCACAGAUCAAGUCUCCUCGAAUGGCUAAACGAAUAUCGCGGAACGCACAAUCAGAGGGGGUGGCAAAUCAACCAAAAAUCUCGCCAUUAGCACAGAAUAACAGUAGUAAUGGCCAGUCUCCAGUAUCUCCAGCAGCAUCAUUAGGAGCCGCUGCUAUGGGUAUGCCAUUUCAAGUAUUUCCCACUGGACCACCAGCACCACCCCCGCCUCCACCACCAAGUGUAGCGAAAAAGCCUGCAACAGGACCCACCAACAAUGGUAACAGUGCACCAAUGCCUCCACCUCCCCCGCCACCAUUUUCUUCAGCAGAGCAGAAGACACCGAGGCCUCACCACAGUUUCGAACCUCCACCGAUGGGGUGCAGACCAAAGAUAGCAAUCCCACCAAACCCGAUGGCAAAUCUUAAAAAAGCGCCUAGGCCUCAACCGAAAAACGAUUUCUGGAUAGAGGAAUAUCGAAACGAAAAGCGUCAACAGGUACCUGACAGACCUAGUCAACAGUCAAUGUACAACAGUAGACAAGCCGACAAUGAAGUCGCCCAAAAUUCGCAAAAUCGCACAGAUGAACUUACUGUUAGGAAUGAAUCGCCUAAGAAACGAUCACCAAGCCCAUCCAAUCUAACCGAAUCAUACGGGAACGGCUCUCGGUUGUCAUCCAUCAAGACACCGCCAGUCUAUAGUCAAAGCCCAGUUCCACCCAACCUUCCACCUCCGAUCACACCAACUAAAGUGUCACGAACUCCAUCAGAUACAUCGACAGCGCCAGUGACACCAAUAGAAUCCAACCAAGAUCACUCAUCCAAGCCCAGACAAUCCACACCUUCACCUUCAACAACAUCAAGUACCAUCAACAGAGCCACGACUCCUGUCUCAAACAGCACAUCGACUAACGGCAACGGAACUGCUUCAGUCAAACCACCCACGCCACAAAAACCUCCUCCACAAGCUCUAGGGUCCCUUUACAUACCACCAGCUCAUGAGGUAUUUGCUAACAGCAAGCAGACACUUCUGAACCAAACCAGUCCGCCAUGGAUGUCAUCUAGACAGAACAGUGUUAAAGAACAGCCCGAAUGGGUUCACAAGGAGGAAUCCGAACUUCUUGAAGCUAACCCAUCCAAGUCUAACAUCAAUAACGAAUCAAGUGCUAAAGCUCCGGAACCCCUCGUAGUAGCCCCACAACCCAGUCCCCCGAAGCCGGUAGUAGUCCAACAACAAUCUCCAGCUCCUCCAUCAGCCCAACAGACAUCACGAUCCCAAACCGUUGAAGCGCCCCCCUCACAGCCGAUCGUGUCACAAACAACACACUACAUCCAGCUUCAAAACCCGAUAAACAAGAUGACCAUACCGACGGUAAUCCAACAACAACCGCCUCCCGCCAGCAUACCGGCUAACCGGGGCUACCCACAGCAAACUCCCAUUUACGUGCAGAACCAGAUGUACUCACCGCAGCCAACGGUUUCUCAGAAGGAACGCGUCAUACCGAUCCAGAUCGAGCAGUCACCUAUAAAAGCACCGAGUGCAGCCCCUAGUUUUGCACCACCACCGUACUAUAGCCCAGGUCCCCAAUUUAACAACGUCCAAUCGCCCAUCACCGUUGGAUAUCCACACAGUGGUUACAGUACGCCAACGGCCAUGUUUACCAAUCCAAAUCACUUCGUGAACCAAGGUUACAACAACAUAUCCUACCCGCCAACGUCUCCGCAACACACGGUCUACCAACAACCACAGCAUCAUCCGCAUUAUUCACCGGCUCCGACAUCACAACUACAACAGCAACAGCAUGCUCACGCGAUGCAACAGCAACGCAUGCAGCAACAGACACCGACGCAGCAGCAACCACAACACCAACAACAACAGUCGGCCGGUGGCGUACGAAUCAUACCGAUCAAGGUAGAAGGCAACGGAGACACUGCGACUACCGUUCGUGGACCACUGUCUCAGACACCAGCGAUAAUUCAAAGUGGUGAUCAUAGAUAUGUCAUUCACGACAUCCCACUAGAAGCCAAGCUUCGUUUUCUUAAAAAUAGACUCAGUGACCCUCGCAGUAGCAAAAAUCAGCAAGCAUGGAAUGGAAACGUUACGCCUAAUCAGUCCCGUUCCUUCCGGGUUCUGCAACAUAUUACCGAUACCCUGGAUCCCAACGAAGUAGCCGAAGCUGGCUCGAACUCAUCGACACCAAAGCCGACAGCGGCCGAUGCUGAUCAUCAGCAGCAGUCCGCUGACAGUUCUUCGGAAGCCGGUCCCGAUGCUCAGCUUAGACGCAUGCAGCUCAGCAGCGAGGACAAAGCGCUGAUGAAUCGUGUCAAGACUCAAGUUGACGGAGAAGUGUUCCUCCAUAAAGAAGAAGAUCCUCGUUAUCGUGGAGCUGCGAUUCCCUCGAAAGCGUUUAGGUAUUUGCAGAAUUUGACCGAGGGUGCCGGUCAAGCGGCCCAAGGGAACAACCCAACCGGAUCAGCAAAUAGAGCGAAUCAAAUGUUCACCCAAAAUCGUGGCAAUUACAGUGAAUCAGAAGACGAUUCAUCGGCAGCUAAUCAGCCAUAUAUUCCACCAAGUGAACAACGAGUGGAAGAACCGAAAAAGUACACUGGGAGUGCCAUUCCCAGCCGGUCGUUCAAAAUGUUGCAGGCUAUGACCGAUGCCCCUGCCGAUACAAAUUCCUCUGACAUUGAAGGUAAUCAAAAUUUACCAUGCAACGGCGAAGUUCGCUACUCUCCCUUCCCCUAUCCACCUACUCCACAUUACUGCUGCAAUCCCAAUUGGCACUUCUAUGAUCCUAAUACCCCACAAUACUAUCCACAUCAUCCACCACCAACGCAUCACACGCCUGGAUUUUACUAUCCACCACAUCCUCCCCCACCACCACCACCACAACCACCACACGGUCACUACGAUCGCAGCGCGUACUAUGCGGGCUACAUGUCACCACAUCACUUCUACUAUCCUCAAGAACCUUGCUCGCCCUGCACACCCCCGCCCUACUAUCAAGUGAACCAGCCGCAGGUAGCUUACUGCGAAAAUAUUGUUCCCGACACUCCGACCCACAGUUACAUUAUUACCACGCCCAAUCCACGAAUCGUAGUUACACCGACCAUCGACGACUCGGACAUCGAAUCGAUUAUCAGUGACUUCAACACCACAGCACAUCCCUUGACUCGAUCACAGAGCAGUUUGAAACGGCUUUCCGAACGUCUUGCCAGUUAUAACACUUCGCCAGAGAAGAUUUUCCCUACCGACCUUGAUCCCCAAAUUCGUUGUUCGCCGUGCAGUCCUCUCAACGAAAGAUAUCGCACAUUUGAAGAAAGCACCUCUUCAGCGCCUUCCUCUCAGUCUGAAUGCUCAGACUCAGAAGGAGAAGGCAGCCAUGUAAACACUUCAACGAGUCCCACACAGAAGAAAAGCCCGGAAACGGUGAGCUCAGUUCAAGAGAACCCCACCGAUCGUGAUGAGGCAAGCAGCAGCGAAGAAAGUGAAGAAGAGGAAACAGUAGGGUAUGAAAACAACACACCGGAGCAUUUGCCGCACCAGUUGAGCGUAAUAUUUGAGGAAGAUAGUGUUUACGCGAGUGCAAAUCCAAGUCGAAGAGAUAGUGUUUGCAGCAACAGUUCAACAAUCAGCGACUGUUCAUCGACCCUUGCCAACGAUUUGGAUGGAUAUGAAAAGGAAGAUCGAAUUGAAAGUAAUUGCGGUAACCAUACAGAUGACGAUAUCGAUCGUUUGGAAGACGACGACGAUAGCUGCAAAUCACAAAUAACGAGUAAAGCAGUUGGGGAAAAACCUGAAUCGGAGGGCAGUGAAACUGAAACAGAAGAGGAUGAAGGAAAAACAGAAUCAGAGGAAGAUACUAGUGAUUGUGAGGAACAAAGUCGACAAAAUGAUUCUAAACAAAAAAAUGGAAACGAGUCUUCAAAAACCAACAAAGUUUGCGACAGUGAAACUGAAACGGAUAGUUCGGAUUCGGAAGCCGAUGUUGAAGAAUGUGAUACAAAGGACAGGGUUACAGACACGGACGUCACCGUCACAAUUACUAUCCCAUCGAUCGCAAAUAAAUCAACCUCUGAAGAAAUCUUCAAAUCAUCAAAGAAGGAAGAUACCAUACCGGCUUUCACCGUUGAUUACGAAGAAGAUUCACAUGUUUCUGUAUCUGUUUCGCUACCAUUGAAAACCAAAUCCGAGUUAACUAAUGAAGCUGUUGAUAACGAAUGUGAAAAGAGUAGUAAUAAAAACAUGACUCCUGAAAAUGGGCAGGAUGAAGACGAGGAGGUUGACUUCUGGAGUCAGAUCGGAGAGGAGGAAGAAUACCAUCCACCAAGUAGAUCUUUGUCUAGAGAUUUCUACAGUAGCCGAGAAGUCAGUGUGGACCGGGAUAGUGUUUUGAAUCAGGAAGAUGAUCAUACUCAUCAACUUGAUGGUGAUAUCGAAUUUUGGAACAACGAAAACGGACCUACUGAAGCUAUCGAUUUAUGGAAGCCAGAUCGGUUGAUAGAAAACUUCAUUGAAAGCCAGAAAAAUGGAAGCAAUAAAGACAGCAUUGAUUACUGGCAAACACAAAACGAAAGAAUGGUAAACAAUUUGUUUAGUGACCAAAAACAGAGUGUUGAAAUCCGGUCAGAUGGUUGUGUCAAAGAUGAAAACAAUAAUUCGAACAAAUGGCAAACGCAGACAAAUAAUGUAGAGCAGCCAAAAUUGAACGAACAGAAAGUCGACGAAUCAGGCGAUGAAUCGGAUACAGAAAGCUCAGAUGAGGAAAGUGAAGACGAUAGUGAGGACUACGAAACUACAAAUACAUCCAAAGAAGAAUCUGAUGUUGAAGAGAGCAUUCCGACACAAACAAGCAAACUGCUGACAAAUGGCACAGAAAUGAGCAAGGUACCGGAAAAAGAAACCAAACUUUCUAGCUCUAUGCAACAGUUAAAUAACAAAACUAGUGAGAUUUUGAAUGGAACAAGCACAGCCACCGUAGAUAACGAUAAAACAUUAACCGUUCGAGAUCGUAUUUCAUUGUUCGAGACGAAUACAACAAGUCCGCUGUUGGAAGUUCCAAAACGCUCUAAAACUCGGGAUGAAAAUAGCACGUCUAGGCCUUCGUCUAUGCUAAAACUAUCAUGUGAUGAAUCGGAAGCAGAAGAUGACUCGGGUGUAACAUCUGACAUGAGUAAACAUAUUUCAGAAGUAGAAACCGAUUCAGAGUGCUUCCCAGAGAUGCGCAAGAUGACGCGAUAUCAGCGAGCAGCUACACAUUCCAGGUUAUUCAAACUUUUGCAGGACGAAAGUAAUAACGGUGAUAGUGAUGAAGAAGAGAUCAAUAAACUGUCAUCGGUUGAACCACCCAAGGAUCAAUCUGAAAACGGAACGAAGUUCGAGGAUAGGAAAGAACUGACACUUGUGGAAAAUUCCACUGCUACAAAUACUGCCUUCGAUCGCAGAGAUCGACUCACACUGCCGAUUAGGCACCAGUCUUCAUCGGGCGUUGAGAGCUUAUCGUCUUCAACUUCGUCAGCGUCUCCUGUAUCAGGAGUCACAAAUGAUAAACUUGCAGAAGAGCUAGUACAAAGUUUGCUAAUGAAGAAAAAAGGUAGACUAUUCCGUAACUUGCCUUUAGAAAAACUACAUGCAGCCGCACUCAAGAUACUUCAAGAAGAUCUGGAAUCAAAUGGAACUCUCAGUUCGACGGAAGAUAAUCUAGCGACGGUUGAUUCUACACCUGCACUCACGCCUCAGGAAUUUAAAUCAGAGUACCAUAAUUCGUACUCGGAUUAUUACGACACAUGGAACGAUACAAAUGGAAAAUCAUCUCCUCUGGAAUACAUCGGAAUAACUUCGGAAUCUGUACCAUCUAAAACGUUCCGCAGUUUGCAUGACAAUCCAGUCAGUAACAGUAAUCGCAAAACGACCAAUUGGUCUACAAGAUGUCCUCGGGUACUUAGUAAUAAGAGCAUAUCCAGACUGGCCGAGGUUCGUGAGUCCGAAACCCCUGAUCCCAUUCCCCGCUCUCGUCCACCUUCGCGCGCAUCCAAUCAAUCGCCCUUCGCCCAAUUAUCCGGAAUGAGUGGUGAUCCUGGUUCGAGGAAUGCGUACAAACAGUUCAGAACUAAUCAUUGACCCCAUAAACGCACUGCCAGUUUGAACGGUUCACUAGAUAAGCAAAGCUAGAAUUAGCGGAUCGGUACGGGCAAUUAGACGUACUGCUCUAGAAGAGUUGGAACUCAUUUCCGCGACCAAUGUUCUAUAUAUAUUAUUAGCAAGAUUGUAUUGAACCUUUUUGUCAAUGGAAAUUUAGCAAGCUGUAUAUUUAUGAAAAAAGAACGACAAGUUCUGGAAAAAUCGUAGCUGAAGGCAUUCAUAUCAAAAGCAUAUCAUCAAGAUUUCAGAGAAGCAGGUCCUGGUGAAACUGACUUCUAAAAGGAAUACUAUACCCGGAUCCCGUUUCACAAUUCUUCAAACAGUCUGGUCGAAUACGUGAGAAUUUUUGUGUGUCAAUUUGAAACAAAAAAAAGCUUAUAAAUCUUGUUAUAGCAUUUUAACUAGUUUUACAAAACUCUGAAAGCUAGCGCGAUAGGGAUAAAACAUCGAAUAGGUUUUAACAUGUUUUAACGAAACUUUCAAAAAACAAAAAAAAUCUGAGCACUUCAUCCUCGUUCUUCAAAAGCUUAACUGAUGACAGCAUCGAAUGAUUGCCAAAAAGGUUUUUGCUUGAGUGUAAGAUCUCAGUUUAUUUACAACGAUGCUGUCGUGAUUUUUUGGAUCUGAUCUUCUUUACUGAAAUCUUGACAAUACUUGGCUCUCAAUAAGGUAAAAUGCUUUUUAUCAUAUCUUAUGCGAAAAAAUCCACAAAUUAACAGAUGAAAAUAAACAAAAUCGAAUGAAAUCCCACUUUUGAGGAAAAAAGGAACAAAAAAUAUAACGUCAUGGUUUACAUGUUUUGUUUCUUUUUAUAUCCAGUAAACCCCUGUUCAAUUCACAAUUGAGUACGAAAACAUCUACGAAUAAUCCAAAUUGAUUUUAAUUUUUCAACGAACCCAUAAGCUCGAUUUGACGAUUGGCAGCAAUGAGGAAAGCACAAAAUCAAAUAUAGUAGAUUAAAUGGAACUGAACAAUUUAUUGAAUGCUUAUAAAAUAUUUAGAAAAUAAA